AUGUCUUGCAAAGUUAAUUUUCACGUGGUACGAUCAGCUUGAAGAAUUAAAUAGACCAUUGAUUUUCAGCAAAAGAGAAUCUCUUGGUUUCAGUCAUUUUUCGUUCAUUUCGGUCUGGCUCUACCCACGCCUUUCAGAGUGGUAGCUAAUCAUGAUCAGGACGAAAACCUUGCGGCUAAAAUCGGCAUUAUUGCGUAACCUUCAAAUUAUAAGUCUUUUAAGGGGGGAGGGGUGGGGGAAGAUAGUUUCUGUAACCUACGAACGUAAAGGAAUUUUUUAAAAACAAAAAUCAGCUAGACUUACGUAAAUUGUGUGCUUCUUUUUUCCUGUGUGGUUCCCGAGCCUAUAAAUGGCUAUUUUGUGAGGUUUUUUGAGCCGUUGCAGCCAAAUUUUAAGCUUGGGUAACCUGUGAUAAAUUAUUAGGGAUAACGUGUUACAUUUCGCGUGUUUCCAGGCCCCCUGAGAAUUUUGCAAUCGCCAUAUUUUCUCGUGUCUCUUCAUCUUUGCAAGUUUUUUUUGGCGAUUAAUUCGUUUUAACGUGAGUAAUAUAUUUUCUUCGAUAUAUUAUUUUUAGGCGUUUUCGGAGCGUUAGGUGUUGUCUUCUGAUUGAUCGCAGCGAACCAAUAUCUGUUGUCAGAAGUUACCCUAAACUUGUUCGCUAUCGUAAACAGGUUAAAAUGGUGAAGGCAUGGUUUAUGGACUCCUCAGAUGAAGAUCAGAGACUUCCUCAUCAGCUUGAUCCGCCUCAGCCAGUGUCCUUAGAAGAUUUGGAGAACUGUGGCGUGCUGUACUGGAAGGUAAGGAGCUCAGAUCACGCGAACUGAAUGUUCGUCACGUAUCACAGACUGGCUGCACAAUUUGCAUGAUUUCUAUAGCCAUUAUAUGGGCUUUAGAACAUGCAGACUGCUAAAUUGAGGAUUUCGGUGUAAUAUUCUGCUGCUGAUAACGGUGGAGUACCCUUGAUUCACAAAAUCCCUUUUAUUCCUUCGCUGUUAUCUUCGCGCCAUAUCAAUUUUAGCUGGAAAUUCUCUGCAGUUUAUUUUAAGCAGACACAGGGUAUAAGAUCAUGACUAACAAAUUUGUAGCUAUGACUUAUGGCUUCCUUUUUAGAUUGAUGGGAAGUGCCUUAGGUAGUUUAUUAUUAUUUAUUUCUUAUUUAUUUGUUUUGGGUCAAAUUCAUUUAUUUUCCUUUAUGUUGGGGGAGUUUAAUGCUAGUUUGAAACAAAAGGGAAGAAAUUAAGCCAACGCUAAAAUGUAAUUCAACCACAACUAGACUGAGAACACAGCCAAGAUUUUGUGGGACCAAAAAAACUGGUAUCCCUGCAUGAUGUCUGAGUUGCCAUACCAAUGGCAAAUCACUGCAUGUACUCAGAUCUGUAUAGUGCUUCUUAUUGGUUGAAGCAAAAUUUCCCCUACUAGUACCUAGCCUGUGCCACAGACGAAACUAACCUCUGGUUAAGUCUGUCUGUGAACUAGCGCCAAAAUCCUUGUUCUGGGCCCCACCUGUGUACUGGGAUUUGAGUACGUGCCAAGAUUUGCCUGUUAACCCUUUAAGCCCCAGUAUCCAAAUACAAACUCUCCAGACUGAUCUCCAUACAUUUCCUGCAAGAAUUGGUUAAGAGAAUUUGAAAGCAGAUCAAAGCUUUUCCCAUCAGGUGAUUAUUUUAUUGAUUCUCACAACAUUUUCCAUUGAUUAUGUAUUGAUUUUGUUGGGAGAAAAUUGACUUUGGUCACUCUUGGGACUUAUAGGGUUAAAAAUGUCAUUGUUGAUUUGCCAAACAAGAUGAAAGGAAAUUCCAAAUGUUGUUCUGGUAAUUUAUCAAAUCCGUUGGUGGCCCAGAACAAGGAUAUGGGCACUGCUUCGCAGAUGUUACCCACAGAGGUUAAAUUAUGUCUGCGAUGCAGGCUAACUGGUACCCUGAUCUAAUUAGCAGUAUCAUCAGUGUGGAAUUUCUGUGUACAUUCCUCAAACAUUAUUUCAUGAGGAAACCAGUGGUAGCAUUGCAAAAUGUUGGCUGUUUUCUCAAGCUAAACAACAAGAGGUACAACAAUGUUACAAACAAUCAAUGAUGUACAAUGUGAAGUAACUUUGGGGUUGUUACCUUAAUAGUUGGAUGCUGAUAACUUUGAGAAGGAAGGUAAACUUUCAGAGAUUCGUGCUCAACGAGGCUACACUUACAGUGACUGCAUUACAUGUACACCUGAGAAACUACCGAACUAUGAGCAGAAGGUUUGUAAAGCCAGUUAAUGGACAUACACGUAAUAAAGGCUGGUCAGAGUCAUCAGCAGAGUCAUAUUGUUGCUUAUGACUGACACUUAAUGACCUAGUGAAAAACAAAUGGUGCCAUAAGGAGAGUCAUCAAUAAGACGUGCAUGUAAUCAGAGUUUGAGGAAUUACAACAUUUUCAUCUUCUUCCAACUCUGCUUAUGAAUCUGUCACUUAUGAUCUGAUGAAAAGCCGAUUUUUGGGGUUGGAAGCAGAAGUGGAAGGAUAAACCAUUUGAAAACAGUUCUUGUUAAUUAAAGUGUUUCAAAAUGAAAACUGUAGACUUGUCAGGCCAUUUGUGAAAAUGUCCAUUAUGAAGUGGAAAUGUCAGUAAGGAAUUGUAAAAAAAUAAAAAUAAAAAAUACAAUAGAUAAAUAAAAUUACAGUGGGUUAUUAGCUAUUUACAUACUAGACAAUAAUGUAAUACAGAAAGUUUUUAAUUUUUCUCCAAGUACAUGUUGGUAGUCUGGAUCAACCAUUUUUUUUAGAUAGCUGCAGGAGCCUUUGCGGAGAAGGGAGGGGGCAAAAAACAGCUUGUUACUCUUAAUGUUGUCGCUGAAACUCCAACAUUCAACUUGUUAAGUGAAGUGGCCAGUCAGCUGCCCACUUCAUGUACAUUGUAUCUGUUAUGGGUCAAAUUGAAAUCAGGUCAAACCUAGGUCAACCCAAUAAGGUUGAUUCUCAAUUUCCUGUGUCUCCUGGCCCUAAUUAUUCAGGAACUACAACCCACUGUAGGUUAAGGGGAAAAGAAAACUAAUCUGAAUAAUUUUAACCCAUUUUAAAGGGUUAAAUUGAGGGACUUAAAAGUCCCAACAGUGACCAACAUCAUUUUUCUCCUAAUGGUAUCCAUACAUAGUCAAGAGAUAAGGUUAGGGGAAUUCAUAAAAUGAUCAUAAAGAGAAAAUGCCUCGAUCUUUUAUUAAGUUCUCUCAACUAAUUCUUAAAGGAAAUGUAUGGAGAUCAGUUUGGAGAAUUUGUAAGUGGAUAUUGGGGCUUAAGGUGGCUCGAUACAGUUUUUCAGUGUCAAUACCUCCCAAGUUUGACCAUAAACUACGUCACCAAAAACAAAGUUUUGGAAAAAUUGCCACUACAGUUGUAUUAGAUAAAGAUGAAAAUUUGUUAUGAUUGGGGUUACAACGGCAUCGGAGUUGUCAUAGCAACGAAAUGACGCUAUUGCCUAUUUUACUUGCAGCAUUAUAUCUCGGCACUGGGAACUGUUCUUCGAAAAUCAUUGACGGGAGCUUUUUCCUCCAAUAGCAGCCUCGAUGUUCGUGAAGUUUAAGCGAAAUCUGUAAGAGCGUUAUCGAGAUAUUUUGGGAUAAAGUUUUUAUUGUUAGAAACACAUUAAAAAAUGGACAAUAUUGUUGUUUGGCCGUUAUCUGUAGAAAAUGAAGCGCUUUCGACAUGAAAUUUCACCUCAUAGUAGUUUCAAUCUUUUUAAAAGCGUGUGUGAAAGAUCAUGGGAGAUAGCUCCAGCCGAUUGCUAGAAAGGAGGGUUUGAUUAGUAUGUAUCGAAGCGCUCUUGUUAGCGGUUUUGUCAAUAUUUUGGUGUACUUUAACAAAUUAGUGAAUAAUUUUUAAACCGCUCGAUAGAUUUUUUUAAAAAUUUAAGAUUCUUGAGAUUAACCUUCCUUUUAUAUGACCUUUUAGUUUCAAGAUUAUUGAUAUAUUGUAAGGCAGUAAAAUAACGGCUACAAUUUGCUACUUUUUCAUCGGAAGUUUCGUCAUUACAAGUGAAAGCCUCUAAUUAUUCAAGGCAUUGUCUCCAAGUUUCAUCUUCACGUGAACGGCAGUAACUAACAAUGCAUUUGAAAUAUGCAAAAAUGCUAGCUAUUGUUUUGCACGAAAAUAUGAAACUUGGACACAAUACCCUGAAUAAUGAGAGGCUCACACUUGUAAACACAAACUUUCUGCCAAAAUAUUAGCGAAUUGUAGCCUUUAUUUUACUGCCUUACAAUAUAUCAAUAAUCUUGAAACUAAAAGGUCAUAUAAAAAGAAGGUUAAUCUUAAGAAUAUUAAAUUUUUAUAAAAUCUAUCGAGCGGUUUAAAAAUUAUUUGCUAAUUUGUUAAAGUAGACCAAAAUGUUAAAAAAACCGCCGACAAGAGCGCCUCGAUGCAUACUAAUCAAAUCCUUCUUUCUAGCAAUCGGCUGGAGCUAUCUGCUUGAUCUUUCACACACGUUUUUAAAAAGAUUGAAACUACUGUGAGGUUAAAUUGCAUGUCAAAAGCGCUUCGUUUUCUACAGAUAACAGCCGAACACCAAGAUUGUCCAUUUUUUACCGUAUUUCUAGCCACAAAAUCUUCAUCCCAAAAUAUUUCGAUAACGCUCUUACAGAUUUCGCUUAAACUUCACGAACAUCGAGGCUGCUAUUGGAGGAAAAAGCUCCCGUCAAUGAUUUUCGAAGAACAGUUCUCAGUGCCGAGAUAUACUUCUGCAAGUAAAAUAGGUAGUAGCGUCAUUUCGUUGCUAUGACAACUCCGAUGCCGUUGCAACCCUGAUCAUAACAAAUUUUCAUCUUUAUCUAAUACAACUGUAGUGGCAGUUUUUCCAAAACUUUGUUUAUGGCGACGUAGUUUACGCUUAAACUUGGGAGGUAUUGACCCUGAAAAACUGUAUCGAGCCACCUUAAAGGGUUAAUUUAGACCUGAAGCAUAUAGGUUGAAAAUGUAGGUUUUGUAAUUUGAUCUAAUUGAACCAGUUUUAAAAUGAACUUGAGGUUUCUUUCAUUGUUUUCCUCAGAUCAAGAUGUUCUUUGAAGAGCAUCUUCAUUCAGAUGAGGAAAUCAGAUUCAUUAUGGAUGGUAGUGGAUAUUUUGACGUCAGGAAUUAUGAAGACAAGUGGAUCCGCAUUUUUGUAGAAAAGGGUGAUUUGAUUGUUCUUCCUGCUGGAAUUUAUCAUCGCUUCACUUUGGAUGAUAAGGUCAGCAUUUUUUUAGUGUUAUCCUUUUGUUUUUUUUUUUCUGUGUUUCCUUGAAUACAGUCAAACCUGUCUUGGUAGAAGGGUCAACCUCCCAGCUAAGUCACCUUAAUAGCAAGUUUUUAAUGAGGAAAAAGUUAACCCCAUUGUCCGAGCCAACAGCACUUGUGCAUGCUCUGAUUGUCUUGCCUUGGCUGAGUUGACUCAGCUGGGCAAGCCGAAGUGUUUAUAUGGAGAAAAAUUGGCCAGGCUAAGAGGGUGACCCUACCAUCAGCUAGGCAGGUCACCCAUCUAGCUGAGCCUACGUCAUGUAAAUGGUUCACCAUAUUUUGUAAGGAAAUGUAUGCAAAGUUGGUUUGCCCAGGGGUAGCUUGGCUAGGCAGGUGACUAUUCUACCUGGGACAACUUUUCCCUAUAUAAACAGGGCCUAAGUAUUAUCACAUGUCAUUUCCUUGCCUGAAUCAAAGACAAAGGAAGAAAGACUAUGAACCAAAGAUAAAAGUGCAUGUCUCAUAGAACCAAACUUACAGAAUAAUUUCCACUUCUAUAACACAGACACUUCUUGCCCCUUGAAAGGGAUUCCAAGACAGUCUUGGAUUCUGGAUUCUAUGCCUUGAAUUCCGGAAUCCAGGUACUUGAUUCCAGUCUUUGUCAGCUGUACUUGGAUUCUUCAUUCCUUGGGCUGUAUUUCGGAUUCCAAAGCCAAGGAUUCCAGAUUCCAUAGGCAAAAAUAUCCCGGAUUCCAGAUUCCACUACCAAAAAUUUCCCAGAUUCUGGAAUCUGGAUUCCUUAGAUGGGGGACAUUUCUGAAACAUGAAAACUUGGCUUUUUCUCUUUGGUAUCCGUAUUCAGCAAACAUAUUUGAUGGUUAUUCCUUGAUUUCUUUUUUUUUCAAUGUAGAAUUACAUCAAAGCCAUGAGGCUGUUUGUUGGUGAACCAGUGUGGACGCCUCACAACAGGCCCUCUGAUGACCAUCCAUCACGUGUGCAAUAUGUUAAGCAGAUGGACGGUGGGAAGUUCUCCCUAUCAACAUAAGAAGCAGUAUGAGGAAAAAGCUGCAUAUUAUCUAAACUUUCAAGGGGCACAAACAAUAUGAUGUGCACACAAUGUGACAUGGGGUGAUUAAACUACAAAGUCUCCCAAAAGACAUGAUAACCUAGAAAAUUUGUAGUCAUUAUAGUCAUUAACCCUUUAAACCCUAAGAUCACAAUUUGAAUUCUCAUUUGUUACCCAUAUUCAUUUCCUACAGAAGUAGGGAGGAGAAGUUGAUAAAAUUCAUCUUGUGUGAUCAUGGCCGUAAUUCUCAUGACCACUCUGUUUAACAAAGCAUUGAUAUUACAAGGAGAAAUUUGACGCUGAUCAAUCGUAGGGCUUAAAGGGUUAGAUGGCGGGCUCUUUGAGCGGGUAAGAUGAAGCAAUUGUUGUGUUUUUAUUUAUUUUUUUUGUCAUCGUUAGCCUUAGAGCUAAG